AUGCCCAAUAGCAGCUCCCUCACCGAGUUCCUCCUCCUGGGGUUUACAGAAAUGCGAGCACUGCAGUUCUUGCACUUCUCGCUCUUCCUGGGCAUCUACCUGGCUGCCCUGCUUGGCAAUGGCCUCAUCAUCACAGCCAUAGCCUGCAACCACCACCUCCAUACCCCCAUGUACUUCUUCCUCCUCAAUCUCUCCCUCCUUGACCUUGGCUUUGUCUCCACCACUGUCCCCAAAUCCAUGGCCAAUUCCCUGUGGAACACCAGGGUCAUUUCCUACUCAGGAUGUGCUGCCCAGAUAUUUUUGUUUUUCUUCUUGAUUUCAGCUGAGUUUUCACUCCUCACAGUCAUGGCCUACGACCGUUUUGUUGCCAUCUGCCAACCCCUGCACUACGGGACUCUCAUGGGCAGCAGAGCUUGUGUUAAAAUGGCAGCAACUGCCUGGGCUAGUGGUUUUCUCAAUGCUUUGGUGCACACUGCCAAUACGUUUUCAAUACCACUCUGCCAAGGCAACACAGUGGACCAGUUUUUCUGUGAAGUUCCCAAGCUCCUCAAGCUCUCCUGCUCUGACUCUUACCUCAGGGAAGUUGGGCUUCUUGUGUUUAGUAUCUCUUUAUUCUUUGGGUGUUUUGUUUUCAUUGUGCUGUCCUAUGUGCAGAUCUUUGCAUCUGUGCUGAGGAUCCCCUCUGAGCAGGGCCGGCACAAAGCCUUUUCCACGUGCCUCCCUCACCUGGCCGUGGUCUCCCUGUUUGUCAGCACUGGUACAUUUGCCUACCUGAAGCCCCACUCCAUCUCCUCCCCUGCUCUAGAUCUGGUGCUCGCCGUUCUGUACUCAGUAGUGCCUCCAGCAGUGAACCCCCUCAUCUACAGCAUGAGGAACAGGGAGCUCAAGGAGGCAUUGAAGAAAGUGGUUCAGGUGGUAGUGAUUCAACAGGAUAAGCUACCUGUCUCUCUUCACAGCUGA